CAGCCGCCGGGCCGGGGACGGUGCCACAGCAGCAGGGCUUGGCCUGGGGGUCCCUGUUCUGGGCCCUCCAAACCUGCAGGAGCUCCAUGAUGCAUGUGCUGAAGCCUCAGGCCUCCAUUUGCAAAACUGAUUUUAGCUGAGCCCGCUGGAACUGCGCGCAUUACCCGUGCCCACACAGAGGUGUUGCAGCAGCUGCUACAGCUCCACACCUUGGGUUUGCCAUUGCUUUGUUUUCCAUCCUUUCCCCUGAGCUGCUGCCAGCAGGAUUAGCAGCACACACUCUAUGUUUGAAUCUAAUGCUUUGCAAUAGGCACUAUUGUCUCCGAGGUUGAGCUCACACCCAGAGGACCUUAUCACCAUUGCUUCUAUACUCUGUUUUCCUCCUCUCAGCUGUUACCAGGGUGGGUAUUGUGGUCAUUUGCCUUCCUAAAGCAUGCCCAUCACUUCCAGCUUUUGCCCUACAGCCGGGCCAUGGGGGCCAUGAGGCUUUUAAAGCAGCUGAAGCUCUCAGUGCAGCCUCUACCUGCAGCUCCUUGCUGGCAAUCUUUCCCCCCUUUCUGCUUCUUCAAGGAUGCUCAGUGUAACAGGUGGAUUUCAAUGGAGAGCCAUCUGCUUGGGAUCCCCGCUGUACCCUUCUUCGCUUCCUUCCUGUUUUGUCUCUGAUCACAGCCACAUCCACAUGCAAUCCGUGGCACUCAGCUCCAGCAUCGGGUUUUAGCGAAGCACGCACAUCUCUGCUCUUGCUCUGGUUGCUUAUUUUCAUGUGCCUCGUUAAAGCAGCUCUUUACUGCUUCCCACGCGAACACUGUCACCUCCUGUCCUAGCUUCUAGUGAAGGCUCAGGGGCUUUAUGAUUGCGGCCCAGAGAUGAAUCAUCUUGUCCACAGCUCCACUGCUUGAAAACUGCCAUCUCUCGGUGCCUCCAAGGCUGGAGACCCUUCAAGGGUCUGCCCUGAUCCCAAUGCAGGGAAGAUGUGGACUUUGCUUUUGCACUGGCUUCCCAUUCUCUCGCAUCACUCUAUCAACUAAGUUGGAAGGGACCCACGAGGAUCAUCGAGCCCAAUCCCUGGUCCCACUCAGCACCCCGAACCCCCAGUGGCUGAAAGCAGAGCCUGAUACCGCAUCGGGGCUGUGCCCACUGCCUUGGGCAGCCUGUGCCAUGCCCACCGCCCUCUGGGGCACAGCCUUUCCCUAACAGGUCGUGGCCGCGUCUUCCAUAGGCUUCUGGACGCCUAUUUACAACGAGCGCUGCCAAGGCGGAGUGGAAAUGUACUGGGAAGCCUUCCCCGGAGAGCGCGGACCUCCGUCAAUCACGACCAAGCGGGGGCUCGCCCCAUCCGCUGGCACGGAGCUGACCCCGGCACGAGCGCAUCCUCCUGUCUCCUCGCUCGGCUGCCGUUCCGUUCCGUUCCGUUCCGUGCCGUUCCGUUCCGUUCCGUUCCGUUCCGUUCCGUUCCGUUCCGUGCCGUGCCGUGCCGUGCCGCCGAGGCGGGGGCCGCCGCAGUCCCCGCCCGCCCGGCCGGGAGGGGCCAAACGUCGUCGCCGCCGCAGAGACGCCGCCGGGCGAUGCCGCGCCGGGCCCGGGGCCGUCAGCGGGGACCCUCCGCCGCGCAGCCCCGAGGAGCCGCCCGAGGUAAGCGCGGCCCCGUCGGGGAGCUCCGGGCCGCCGUUCCGCGGCUCCGCGCCGAGCGCUCCCUUCCCCGGCGUGCGGGCACCGCGCCGCGGGUCCCCGGGCGAUGCUGCGGGCGGACGGCGAGAGACGGACGCGGAGCCCCGCCGCCUCGCCCCGGCCGUCGUCCCUGCGGCCCGCCUCGCGGCCCGGCUCGGAGCAGCUGCCCUCCUCGUCGCCUCUCUCCUGCUGCCGCCCGUCCGUCCGCACGGCCGAAGGCUCGGGACAUGCGGGAUUCGGGGCGUUCUCGUGCCCGGGCACCCCCAGAAUGGUUCCCCCGCCACCUGUCAGCAAGCCCCACGUGUGCCUCUCGACUGUACUCAUCAUGAGCAGCCUCAUCCUCAUGGAUGCCUACCUGGUGGAGCAGAGCCAGGGCUCCAGGAAGCUGGGCAUCUGCGUCAUGGUGGCAGUGGGCGACGUGUGCUUCUUGCUGGUGCUCCGCUAUGUGGCCAUCUGGGUUGGGGCAGAGCCCUCUAUGUGCUGCUGGUGGCCACAGAACACAUGGAGUACGUCAGGACAUUCAAGAAGAAAGAAGAUCUUCGCAACCGCCUCUUCUGGGUCAUUGUGGACAUGCUGGAUGUGCUGGACAUUCAGGCCAACCUGUGGGAGCCCCAGAAGAAGGGGCUGCCACUCUGGGCUGAGGGCAUCAUGUUCUUCUACUGCUACAUCUUGCUCCUGGUCCUGCCUUGUGUGUCCCUGUGCGAGAUCAGCAUGCAGGGGAUUGGCAUUAUGCCUCACCGCAUGAUGCUGUACCCCAUGCUGAGCAUGCUCACUGUCAACAUCACCACCAUCUUCAUCCGAGGCAGCAACAUGCUCUUCUUCAGGGACUCCCGGGUCUCCAGCAUCUUCAUGGGCAAGAACAUGCUGGCCAUCGGGCUGAAGGUCUGCAUGUUUGUGCAGUACCAGCGGCACAGGCACCACGCACCGCCGGGGCCGGGCCCUGCCCCACAGCAUAGCUGCCAGCCCCAGCCCUCCCCAGGGAUGCAGAAGUCUCGGGAUCAGCCUGCCUGCCCUGAAGAGCUGGCACAGGACAACACGUGAUGUGCCGGUGGCAACCACAGCCUGGGCACUGCCACGCUUGGUCAUCCCCACAAGACAACAGGAGGGUCGCUGAGCCCCCUGCCUCUGGACAGCAGGGACUGACCCUGUCUCCUUCCUCCUUGGGCAAGGCUGCUCCAUUCCCCAGGGGCAACACUGCGAUGGGGCAGCCAAGCAGUGCAGGACCACAGCCCUCCAGCUCAAGCCAGGGGCUGAGCAGAGACGUCACCUGCUCCACCUCAGUGUCUUGCCCCAGCCAGGUGCCCAUCCUGGUGGGAGCGAGGAUCUGGCUUCCCCCACCUCUCAUCCCUCUCAAACAGCCGCAGGCUCGGUGGGGGCUUGAAGAGGGUAACUGACCUUUUUCGUAUCUCCCUCUUUGCAAUAAAGGGCCUGAGCUCUCA